AUGAGGCUGCUCUUCCCUGCCCUCCUGCUGGGCCUGCUCGCCGGGGCCCGCGCUGCGGAAGACUCCUGCGUGGGCCACUGCGAUGAUGGAUUCAAUUCACAGCGGAAGUGCCAGUGCGAUGCUCUCUGCAUGUACUACCAGAGCUGCUGCAGCGACUACUCCACUGUCUGCAAAACCAAAGUGACCCGAGGAGACGUGUUCGCCUUGCCAGAGGAUGAUUACGUGGACUACUACCCCACUACCGAGACCAAGAUGGAAGAGGGCACCGAGGCAGCGCCCACAGAAUGGCCCACGUCCCUGCCGCCCAUGCUGACAACGCCAGGAAGCGAGGUGGACCCUGAGCAGACGCUGCAGGAGGAGAAGGAGCCCAUCCAGGAGCUGCCCACCACCACGGUAGAUGGGCUCCAGCAGCCAGACCCUGAGGAGGACACCGAGCUGCUGUGCAGCAGGAAACCUUUUGAUGCCUUCACCGACCUGAAGAACGGCUCCCUUUACGCCUUCCGAGGGAAAUACUUCUACGAGCUGGAUGAGACAAGUGUGCGGCCUGACUACCCCAAGCUCAUCAGUGACGUCUGGGGUAUAGAGGGCCCCAUCGACGCAGCCUUCACGCGCAUCAACUGUCAGGGCAAGACUUACCUCUUCAAGGGCAGCCAGUAUUGGCGCUUCGAUGAUGGAGCCCUGGAUCCUGGCUACCCACGUGACAUCUCCGAGGGCUUUGAAGGCAUCCCAAACAACAUCGACGCUGCCUUCGCCCUCCCUGCGCACAGCUACCACGGCAAUGAGAGAGUCUAUUUCUUCAAGGAUAAGUAUUACUGGUCCUACGACUUUGCCCACCAGCCCACGCAGGCCGAGUGUGAGAAGUCCUCACCCUCCACUGUGUUCAACCACUACGCCUUCCUGAACCGUGACAGCUGGGAGGAUAUCUUCCAGAUCCUCUUUGGAGGCCGGAUAGCCGGGGCGAGCGGCCCGCGGUUCAUCAGCAGAGACUGGCGGGGGGUGCCCAGCCGGCUGGACGCUGCCAUGGCCGGCAGGAUCUACGUGGCAGCUCAGCAGCCCCGGAGGAGGAAGUCUCGCCGCCAGCGUAAGAGGUACAAGAGCCACCGGUCGCUGAAUUUGGGUUUCUGGAGCUGGCUGCAAAACGACUCUGAGUCUGCGGGCAUCGAAAGUGACUGGCCAUCGGGCUCCCAGUGCGAGACCCUCCAGAGCGUCUACUUCUUCGUAGGAGACAAGUACUACCGCGUCAACCUGCGCACCAAGCGCGUGGACCUGGUGCGGCCCCGCUACCCGCGCUCCAUCGCCCAGUACUGGCUGAACUGCCCGCAGCCCGGGGAGGAGAGCACCUGAGACGGGCCCAGCCGGAGCCUCCCUGCAGCACAGCCUCUAGCUAGACCCCAGUAAACUGAGUGCACUGCAGGCCGGGGA